AUGGCUCCUCGUCUCUCUGGGAAGCUCGCCCAGCUAUCCCAAUCAUUGGGUCUUUGGGAGAUCCCAUUGACCAUCCCUCAAAUCUCCAUCCGCAACUUCGGUAUCCGAUCGCUCAACCCGCCCAAGCCCAGCCGCUUCAACAAUCACCCCGGUCUGCCCGUGCUGGAGUCCACCUCCACGGCAGCGCUCCGUCGCAAGGCCUUCUCGCUCCCGCUCCGAACGGGCGCCAUCGGAAUCAAAAAGGGCAUGACCGCCAUCUUCGACACCGAGACCGGCAAACGCAUCCCCUGCACCGUCCUCCAACUCGAUCGAGUCGAGGUGGUCUCCCAUAAGACUCGCGAGAAACAUGGGUACUACGCCGUGCAAGUUGGCGCUGGCUGGAAACACCCGCGUAACAUGCCUAAUUCCCUGCUGGGCCACUUCUCGGCUCAGGGCCUAUCGCCCAAACGGCACGUGUUCGAGUUCCGGGUCAAGGAUGAGUCGGGUCUACUCCCUGUCGGCGAGAGCAUUCCGGCCUCGUGGUUCCAAGAGGGUCAGUAUGUGGAUGCGCGGUCCAACACCAAGGGUAAGGGCUUUGCGGGUGUGAUGAAGCGCCAUGGAUUCCACGGUCAGGAUCGCAGUCACGGUGUGAGUUUGACGCAUCGUUCAAUGGGUUCGGCGGGUCCCAGUCAGGGUGGUGGUUCGCGUGUGUAUCCCGGCAAGAAGAUGGCGGGAAACAUGGGAAAUACGCAAAACACGGUUCAGAACUUGAAGAUUCUCAAGGUGGAUGCUGAGUCGGGCAUCGUGGUUGUGAGUGGUGAGUAUAUGACAGCAUUCUUGACAUCUCAAUCCUCAAAUUGCCAUUUACUGAUUGUUGAUCCUCCGACAGGUGCCGUGAGUGGUCCCAAGGGCUGCGUUGUGCGCAUUCAGGACGCCAUCAAGAAGCCCUGGCCCGAGGUGGCCUCGACCCCCGCUGCCACUGCCACUGCCACUGCGGCUUGA